AUGUCUAGAUCACUGGUGCAGCCCGUAGGGCAGAAGAGGCUAACGAACGUGGCGGUGGUGCGUCUGAAAAAGCGCGGCACUCGCUUCGAAAUUGCUUGUUACAAGAACAAGGUCCUCUCAUGGCGGUCUGGCGUGUAUCUUGCCAAGACAAAAGAUUUGAACGCUGCAUUUGAUUCAGAUGAUCAGACCAAGAUUUGUUUGGAGAUUUUGGACAAAGGAGAGCUUCAAGUGGCUGGGAAGGAGAGGGAAUCUCAGUUGUCCAGUCAGUUUCGAGACAUUGCCACCAUUGUUAUGCAGAAAACCUAUAAUCCCGAAACUCGGCGCCCUUACACUAUUAGCUUGAUUGAGAGUCUAAUGCAUGAAAUUCACUUUGCUGUAGAUCCACAUCGAGGUUCGAAGAAGCAGGCUCUGGAAGUUAUUCAUGAGCUUCAGAAGCACUUCCCGAUAAAAAGGUCUCCAAUGAGAUUGCGACUCAUAGUACCUGAAGAAGAAUUUUCAUCCCUUUCAGAGAAGCUGACUGCCUGGAAUGCUACAAUAGUUUCGAAAGAUCAAACUGGAAAUUGUGAAUUGGAUCCUGGUUUUUAUCGUGACUGCGAGGGAUUGAUGAUGAAGUUGCAUGGGAGAUAUGAAGUUCUUGCACUCUCUGUGCAUGCUGAGGGUGACACUGUUAUUGAUCAAUACGAUGAUCAUGAGGAUGAACCAUCGCACUCGCUCAAUGAGUCCUCUGAUUUUGACUUAUCAAAGAAAAAAGAAACCACUGAUUCUGACUUAUUGAAAAAGGAGUUGGCUGAUCCUGUGCUAAAACUGAGCAAUGAAAUGCAAAAACAGAGCAUCUCUACGGGGAAAGGAACUGUUGCAUCGGAGGGAAAGCAAAACAAAUGCAACACAUGCAAUGCGUUUGUGGGUGAUUCCAAGCAGUACAGGGAUCAUUUCAAGAGUGAGUGGCACAAGCAUAACUUGAAGCGCAAAACCCGACAACUUCCUCCCCUUACUGAAGAUGAGUGUGCGGCUGACGUGGAAAUGGAUGACCAUAAGGCGGAUUUGAAGGAUUAUUCCUUUUAA